AUGUUAUUGGUGUUUCUGCUUUUCCAGGGACAGUGGUCUUCUGUUGAAUGUGUGCGACUGGAUCCACGUGGAGCAAAGUACGUAAGGGAGUUAGUGAACGAAUUUUUAGCAGAUCCAACUUCUUCGCGUUUUGACCAAAUCAUUCUUCCCCCUCAAAUCGGAGAAGAACUAAGCGAUUUUCUUCAUCCUAAAGUGUAUAUAUGGUGUCCAAUUACCCACUGGAAAAUCGAGGUGAAAUGUCCCCUCCACGGCUGUCUACUCACGCCAGGGACCUUUACGGAUGUAGUUGACAAGACAAGCCCCAAGAAUCCACGCCUUGUUUAUGAUUUGAGAGGUAAUGUACUAAUGGUACAGCGGAUAUAUCUAUGCCGACACAAAGAAAAGCCACACAGAUAUUUGUCGGGUAGUGAGACGAUUCUAAGAAGUAUCCCAAGUCUUUAUAGCCAUGCCUGUUUCCCAAUACUAAUGCUAUACCGAUCUGCGUGCAGUAAAAACCUCGUUGAUCAUUUAGAGACACAGAUCUUACAAGGUGUGAGCUUUCUGAAAACUUGUGAGGGAUUGGCUGCAAUAAACUUUAAGGAAUUUUCACACCGACUUAGACGAUAUACGUUAUUAGCGAAGUCAAAUGUUACAGAUACUGGCAAAUUGUACGAGAAAUUUUACGCCGAUCCCAUGUUUUCCUUUCCUAGCAAUGAUUUGUUGAUGCAUAUUUUUCUUGCGGAUUUUCAAGAAAAAGAACCGUACUAUGAAGUGGAAAUGAAGAAACGUGCAUUACACAGCAGGGUCAUUUCAUGUGAUCAUACGUUUAAAAUAAGUAAAUACUUUGGAGCAAGAAGAAGUAGCGAUGAUAAAUUUGUGAAACAAUUUGAAAAUCUUUUUAUAGUGCUAAACGAGAGGCACGAAGUUAUAAGUUGGCGUCUAACGAGAACCACGGGCUUUGAAGAAAUAAGGUCGUUACUCGUUGAGCUUAAGGAGCAGAUAGGUAAUACUUUGGAUGCAGUAAUAGUGGACGACUGUUGCAAAGUAAGAACACUCUACAGGUCAGUUUUUCCAGAUGUAGAAGUAAAACUAGACUUAUUCCAUGCAAUUCAACGAGUCAUCAAAAAGAUACCAAAGGGAUCUGAGUUUUCCAAACGAUUUUCAAAAGAAUUGGGUCUGAUAUUUCGAGCAAAUGGAGACUGCGACGAGGUCCGUCAGCUACCCACACCUGAUUGGAAAGUGGUAAUUGAAAAUUUGCAUUCUUUUCGUGAAAGGUGGAAAUCGUUCUUGAACAUGGAAGAAAUGAAGAAAGCACGUUUGGAACUCGACCACUUGAGCGUGCAUAUAAAAAAAGGUUGUUUAUCUGGCUUAAAACCGGGUGAAGGAACGGAAUCGAAUGAGAGGCUUCAUAACACAUUAAAUAAAUCAUUAUUAUGCGGUGCUACUACCACGGGUCCCGAAAUAGCAAUUGCUAUUAUAACUUUAUUAUUCUAUAGUAUGAACUGCAGGAAAAGCGCGAAAAAACAUAAGCAGAAUUCAAGAGUAAUUCCCUUCGUGCCACUCUUCUCGCAGUUCACGUCGAGGAACGUAAAUGAUAAAAAUCCCCACUUUAACACUAACAGUGGGGGAAAAGUCACGUUAGAUGACGCUUGGAAGGCACCAUACGAGGGAAAUAAAGUAUACCCAGACGAAACUGUUGAAGAAGCUGUAGUAGUCAUUGAAACUAUCGAGGACACUCUUAACGAGUCCAUCGCCAGUCUGCUUUUGAAAAACAUGUCCAAGUUGCAUUCGAUUUUAAGUAAAGUCAACAGCGAAUGUCGGGAUCGUUGUUUUAAUGCAUUUGAUAUUCCAAUAAUGCAAGUGGGUAGUAUACAAGUCUUAGUCAAUAGCUGCUAUGCUGAAGAUGACACAGAAAUAAGACACAGAGAAACACUGCAGCGAAAUCUCGACUGUUUUAGUCUCAAAAGGGAUGAAGUCGUCGGUGACGGAGAUUGUGCCUUUAGAACAAUUAUUUCUCAAGUGAGAAAGACAAACCAAUGGAGUGACCCAAAUUCAGCACUUUGUCAGCAUAUUUCGUACCUGGGACUUGGGAGAAGUGCCGACGAAGAUGUAAAUCAGCUCCGUCAACUUUUUGUCAAUAAUGUUCAGAGCAACGAACAUUAUCAAAUGCUCACUGGCAUUCCUUCUGACGAAAUGAACACUGAGACUGAAAGAUUUAGAGAACCUGGAACAUUUUGCGGUGAAGUCGGGGAUUUGAUUAUAAAAGUAUGCUCUGACAUACUUCAAGUCCCCAUAAUUGUUGUGACCAGUAUCAAUGGUUCCCCUUACGUGCCAUUCAUACCCGACGACGCACUGAUCACCAAUGCCAUCUACAUAGCGUAUACCGCAUUUGGUCCAGGGCACUAUGAUGGCACCCUUCCUGCUGAAAAAGAUACAGGUAACAUGGCUAAGCCCGGCAACAAGAGAGUUAGUGUGCUUGUUGCCCUGUGACGAGUGAAAAUCUGCAAAGUUUUAAACUUUGAUGCUCCCCAGAGCCACAAAUCCCCAAAAAUAAAUAGUUUAAUGGGAGGAUCAAUAAUAAAAAUAAUAAUAUUCUAGGGGAAAAGUUGCUUUUAAAUCUUAAAUAAAAGUCCCAUCAACAUAAGGAGAAUUAGUAAAAUUUCUGAGGGUUAUCCUCAAAACGCAGAAUAGUAAAAUAUAUAUCCUAUUUGUAUUUAAUUUGGAGGAUUUAAGAGUUACAAAUCCCUAAAUUUAAGACCCGCGAUUUGAAAUCCUAUCAAUACGCCGUGUAUCAAAAGUAAAUUCCCUUGAGGGGGUUUCUUAUUUUUCUGUUCAAAAAACCCGCGAAAAAUACCACAAUUUAUAAGAAUAUUUAACAAUUAUUCCUCGAGCCCUAAUGGGCUCAGAGUCAAUAGCCCAUGAGGCCCGAAGGCCGAAUGGGCUAUUUACUCAGAGGCCAUGAAGGCGAGAGGAAUAAUUGUUUUAGUAAAGUUCAACUAGUUGGUCCAAAAACCCGAAACCAAACAACUUUAGCGAUAGAUAGUUAUAGGUCGACUUUUUUGCCUCCAAAAUCCGGCGCUUUUCGCUACUUUUGGGCUAUAACAUAUAGCCUAGUAGUAGCUCAACCAAUGAGAAUGCACCAUUGAUAACAGACCACUAGCUGGAUUUUACUAAUAUCGUACAUACUGUCUCGCCAAAAUCGAGAAGUUUAGUAUCUGCAAAAUUAACUGAAAGUUAGAUACUGAGUCAUUUCUUAAUGCUGAAGAGCUGAAAGAUCAACGGAUUUUUAUUUUUAUCUCCUUUCAAUAUAUUUUUUCACAGCGUCGACACUAACAGAGACAAAGAGACUUGUGUGUUCGUGUGGCAAGAAUAAUAAAGAAGAUCAGGACUCUUGUAUUCCGACCGUGGAUGGGAAGACGCGCUGUCCCUGUGUUGAGGAACGUAUUUCCUGUACACGAGAUUGUAGAUGCAAGGGAUGCAGAAACAAAGAAAGCCAGGAACUUUGCAAAGUAACCUCUAACAGCGUAUCCUGCAGGUGUGGAGUCGAUAAAAGCAGAGAAAAUCGGGAAUACGUCGCUUGUGUAGAUGGGAAAAGAAAAACCAAAUGUCCAUGUGUACGCGCAAGAGCAUGUUGUGGGCUGAAAUGCUCAUGCAGGAACUGUGGGAAUUGUGACAACAAGCCGGAUAAAGUUACCGAUUUAGUGAAAAUCCCAGCAAAGAGAAAGCGUGAAAGUCCUGUACCAUUCAAGAAGAGGCGGAGUGCGGAGUAUCUCGCAUCUAAUAGUACAAACCCGUCAGCCGGACCAUGGACUACUCAUGAAACAUGCCUUCUCUUUAGUACCAUGCAGCUAAUUGAGGCAACGGUAGUUGACAGUACACUGGAAGGCAUAAUGUCCCUCUAUAACUAUGUUGCCAACUCCCAUCUCACUAAAAAAGGAAAUUUUACAAUCAGAUCAAAAAAUCAAAUGCAACUUUUAAGAAAAGUAACACAACUAAAGAAUAGGCAGACUGUCAUUAGUGCUCUGGGGAAGAAGUAA